AUGAAGGCGAGGAGCCGGCGGCCACCUCCGAUGCUGGCGGCGCUGCUGGUGCUGAUGCUGGCGGCUCUUCCCCCCGGCGGCGGGGCUCAGCGGGCGCCGGCUUGGAGACAGCAGAUCCGCUGGGAGAACCGGGGUCGCCACUACAGCCUCUACAACAGCGGGGCUCAGUUCUUGCCCGGCCGGGGAGCCGCAGCUCCGGCCGCCGCGCAGCAAACCUUCUACCUGAGCGCCGACGGAAGGGACGCAGAGGAAGGGUCGGGAAUCGGGACGGCUGCGGCUCCGGCUCCGGCUCCGCAGAGCACCGGACCGAACCCUCCGGCUGCUGAAUCCAGCCAGCCCAGAUCCGACGGGGCGUCCGCAGACGGAGGGGCUCGGCGACGCGACGGACCGGCUCGGGGAGACCCCCGGGGGUCGUCUGGCUUCUCCCCGAAUAGCGUCUACGACCGUCCCGCCGUCUGGCCCGGACAGACAGCCCGACAGAGGUCGGGUUACGGGACCCACCGCUUCCACCAUGGCCUUCCAGACCUGGUCCCCGACCCGUAUUUUCUCCAAGCGUCCACCUACGUUGAGAGAGUCCAGAUGUACGCCUUGGAAUGCGCGGUGGAAGAAAACUGCCUUGCGAGGUCCGCCUACCGACCCGGGAUCAGUAAGAUCAGCUCCCGCGUCCUCCUUCGGUUUCCCCAAAGAGUGAAGAAUCGAGGGACGGCAGACUUCCUUCCGGUGAAGCCGCGACACCAGUGGGAGUGGCACAGCUGUCACCAGCAUUAUCACAGCAUGGACGCCUUCAGCAACUAUGAUCUUCUGGAUGCCAUCUCUCAUGAGAAGGUGGCCGAGGGUCACAAAGCCAGUUUCUGCCUGGAGGAUACCUCUUGCGACGCAGGGGUCCAGCGACGCUAUGCGUGCACCGCUCAUAUUCAGGGUCUGAGCCCAGGCUGUUACGAUACCUACCAUGCCAAUAUUGAUUGCCAGUGGAUUGAUAUUACCGACGUCCCUCCUGGAAACUAUAUUCUCAAGGUGACUGUCAACCCUGAUUUCCUGGUGGCCGAAUCGGACUUCUCCAAUAACGUUGUCCAGUGUGAUAUUGUGUACACAGGGGUGUAUGUCGACACGCAAAACUGCCGAAUUACAAGGUAUCCCUAACAAAAAUACAUCCUGGAUUGGUGGGUUGGAC